AUGAAACUGCAGUCCCCCUUUCUUGAUGGAGCAGUAGGAAGCAAGAUCAUUGUGUCAACGCGAGAUGCAGAAGUUUCGAAAAUGAUGGGAGCUGGUACUCUAGUUCAUAAUUUGGAGCCUAUGUCAAAUGACGUUUGUUUUGAAGUAUUUGAGCAGCAUGCAUUCAGGAAUGUUAACAGAGAUAUAUCACCAAAUUUCGGGUUACUCAAGGAGAAAAUUGUUGCAAGAUGCAGUGGAUUGCCUUUGGCUGCUAGGACUCUUGGCGGCCUUUUACUUCGUAAAGAGAUGAAUGAAUGGGAGGAAAUAUUGAACAAAAAAUUAUGGAGUCUAUCAAAUGAGCGUGACAUACUUCCGUGGGCUGCAGGAGAUAUUUGUUUUAGAUUGGAGGACAAGCAAAAUAGCGAUCAUGUACAACUUGGAUGUUUUACGAAGGCCCGCCAUGCGUCCUACAUUUCUGGUAAGUAUGAUGUGGUUAAAAGAUUUGAGGCAUUUUCUGAAGUGAAACAAUUGCGAACCUUCCUACCACUUUCAAGUGAUUAUCCUUCGAAUUAUCUAAGUCGUAAGGUUACUUUUGAUUUAUUGCCAAAAUUGCAAUACUUGCGGGUGCUUUCUCUCAAUGGCUAUCUACUGACUGAGUUGCCAAAUUCAAUUGGUAAAUUGAAGUAUCUGCGGUAUCUUGAUCUCUCGUACACACGGAUAGCAUGUUUGCCUAAAUCAACCACCUCUCUUUACAACUUACAGACAUUGAUAUUGGAAGGUUGUCGUUAUUUGGAGGCACUACCUCUUAACUUGAGGAAUCUAGUGAAUCUGCGUCAUCUCAACAAUUCAGAUGUAGAUUCACUGAAAGCAAUGCCUCCGCAACUAGGUCGGUUGACGAAUCUACAAUCUUUGCCUAAUUUUGUGGUGGGUAAAGGUAGUGAUCAAUCGGAUAUAAGAGAGAUAGGGUCCCUAUUCCAUCUCCAAAGGACAUUGCGGCUCUUAAGAUUAGAGAAUGUGAUCGAUGCUGAGGAUGCACGGAGAGCCAACUUAAAAUUCAAGGAGAGACUUGAUGAAUUGGUGCUAGAAUGGUCAGAUAAUGCACAAGAAACUCAAUUAGGCGUGCUUGACAAAUUAGAAACUGAUAGAAUGCUCAAAAUUCUGGGCAUCAAGGGUUAUGCUGGACUAAAGUUUUCGCAAUGGAUUGGAGAUCGUUUAUUCUCUACUAUGGUUCGUGUAAGCUUAAACAAAUGUGAGAACUGUAAAAUCUUGCCACCACUUGGACAGUUGCCUUCACUCAAAACGCUCUCUAUUAGAGGAAUGACUGCAGUGGAAAAUGUUGGUCCUGAGUUUUAUGGAGAGAGUAGCUUGCCUUUUCCAGUACUAGAGGAACUUCAGUUGGCAAAUAUGCACAACUGGAAGAAAUGGCUUCCUUUCGUACAAGAUCAG